UCCUAUUCUCCGCGUCGCUGGGCUCCUUUCUCCUCAACUUCUCCAUGGACAAGAGGCUCAACGAAUGCUCGACAUCCACCGAUGUUGAAACAGUUCAUGGUGUGAAUAAGGUCACGAAUCCGCAAACAGAUAAGAAGAGAGAGUUGGAUAAUUUGGAAAUCAAAGAAAAACGGAAGAAGCAGAGGAAACACGACGAGAAAUCAGAGAAGAAUGAAAUUAAAAAAUUGAGGAAAUCUUACGAGGAGAUGACAGAAACUAUGAAAAAACUGUACGAGCUUAUCGAAUCAAGGGCCGGUCUGCGGAUUUCGUUCGAGCAGAAAGAAGCCCCAAAGAAAAAGAAAAAGCUGGAACGGAUAUACAUUAACGAGUGCAAUUUCGGAAAUAAAGAUCAUCUUGGAUUAAACGAGGAGACCCUUUUCGUUACAGGGUUUGAUACUUGCCUUCCUAGGCUCAUAAUCAAGAGCGCAUUGUUGAAACAUUUCGGUUCAUGUGGAAAGGUCACUAAUGUUUAUGUUCCCAUCGAGUGUGCUACCGGUGCUUCAUUAGGAUAUGCCUUCAUUAAUCUGAAAAAAAAUCAUACCAAGGGGUUAACACUGAGUGGAAGUUACUUGGGAGGACGGAUGCUCGAUGUUAUGAUGGCCAAAGAUAGACCAGAAUUCUUUGGCUUAGAGGACUUUGAAGGUUGUGAUCGUUGCUGUGGCUAUAAGCCAUGGUUGGUAACAUCCCGCUCCUUGGACAACUCAUUCAGGAACUGGCGGCGUAAGAUUAAGAUAGAAAGGCGGACCUUUGGCAGUCCAUAUAGCAAGAUUGGUCGUUUUACAGCUAGUAUUGCUCGUCUACACAUCUAGUACUAUUGGUCUUUUUCCCGUUGCUGCUACCUGUUUCUCGACCGACCAGCUACAUCAAACUAUUUAUAUCUCACUCUUUUGCUAUUUAGUUUCAUAAUUUAUUCUUAAACCGAAUUAUGAAAUGUUUUAAAAAAAAAAAAAAAAAUGAAACCAAUUUUUUCGACUUUAGUAAAU